AUGAACACAGGAAUUCUGCCCAGUGAAUUACCCUUCGCGGACGCUAAGGAGAAUCGCAAACGUGAAGCUUCAGAAGUAAAACCUUCGCGAACGCGAAGGAAUGAUAGCGAACGCGAAGCUUCAGGAUUCAAACCUUCCAAAUUAGAGAAGUUCUAUGAUAUCUUAAAGCAAUUAUCGGUGAACAUUCCGUUUGUGGAAGUGUUUCAAGAGAUACCUGGUUUUGAUAAAUACUUGAAGUAUUUGAUCACAAAAAAGCAGACCAUCAAGAAUGAAACGGUGAGUGUCACCUACCAGAUUAGCUCUAUCAUUUCAACAACCUCUGUCCAAAAGAAAGAGGAUCUGGGGGCUUUCACCAUUCCAUGCACUAUUAGAUUGCGUGACUUUGCACGAGAUUUUUAUGAUAAUGGGGAUAGCAUCAACUUAAUGCCUCUUGGUAUCCACAAGCAAGCGGUUUUAGGAAUGCCUAGGCCCACGAGUAUGAGAUUGCAAAUGGCUAACCAUUUGGUGAAGUGA